AUGUCUUUUAGCCUAACAACUUCAUGCCCGAGGGCGGCUGCUCGUCAGUUCCUCGUGGCCUCAAGAGCCUUUUCCACUUCGGCUCCUGCUCUCGAACAAGUCCCUCCCGAGUCUCCCUCAUAUAUCCGCUUGCCUACACCACCCCAGUCCGAAGAGAAGAAGCUUCCCCGGGUCAGAGGUCACCUCCCCGUACCUCGAGAGAUCUUCCCUCGUAUGGAGGGUGACCGCAAGAUUCGAGCCGAUUACAUCAAGCAAACCGUUCCUAAGCCGGCCCACAAGCAAAAACCCAAGAACGAAACACAAGAGUGGAAGCAAACAAUGGCCAAUUCCCGUCGGCAGAACCUGGAAACUGGUUUGAAGGAACUUUGGGUACGAAGGAACCGUCGUGAUGCUGUUCAGAACGAGCGUGUGAGCCACAAGUUUCUCGAGAACCACCGGGCUGUUAAGGCCCCCGAGCGAGAGGACGAUCGCCUCACCCGUAGCACAGUGCUGAAGGCAGUUUUGGACACCAAGACAUACCCUGACCCUGAACGCUUCAACCAUGCCCAUAAAAGCCGCGUCAAGGUCAAGGCCAUUGAGGAAGCUAAGCGCGAGGCUCGCCGCGAUGCGUUGAUGGAGCUCUACAUCAAUGCCUCCAACUUCAUUGUCAAUGAGAGUGAGCUCAAGGAAGAGAUUGAGACCAUAUUUGCCGAAGACUUCUUCCACAAGCAAGGAUUUGACAUCGGCCGAUAUGGUUCAGCCCAGAACACAUGGGACGUCUGGGGCAAGCCAACAUCGAUUGGCAACAUGUUGGAAACCACAACAGGAGUAUCCACCAAGAUCAUGGACUUUUACGAAACCGAGUACGACCGCUCCGUCAAGCGACAGAAGAGAAUUGCCGAGGAGUUCACUGGUGGAAAGAUGGAAUAG